AUGUGCGAUAAAACUUUUCCUGAUGGAUGUUAUGGGGACUGCCCCGCGGGCGUCGAAAGAGCCGCAAAUGGCACAAACAUCCCUCUUUUACGAGGGGAAUGCCGAAUAGGCAAGACAAGGCCAAAUGGCAGCACCAACUCGCAUCUCCAAACGUGCAGCAAGAAGAGUAAUGGAAGUGAAGUCAGGAAAAUAGCAAUGACAGAAAGCCAGUUAAGAAAUCCAUUCAAUUGGGAGAUCGAGGACUCUGUCUUAAUGCUUUACACAUGCAAGCAAGUCGAACGAAGUGGUAUGCUCUAUAAGUGA